AUGGAGCUGCUGUGCGGCGAGAUGGACCGGGUCCGCAGGGCCGUGCCCGACGGCAACCUGCUGCGCGACGAGCGCGUCCUGCAGAACUUGCUCACCAUCGAGGAGCGCUACCUCCCCCAGUGCUCCUACUUCAAGUGCGUGCAGAAGGACAUCCAGCCCUUCAUGCGCAGGAUGGUGGCCACCUGGAUGCUGGAGGUCUGUGAGGAGCAGAAGUGUGAGGAGGAGGUCUUCCCUUUGGCCAUGAAUUACCUGGACCGCUUCUUGGCUGGGGUUCCGACCCCUAAGACCCACCUUCAGCUCCUGGGUGCUGUUUGCAUGUUCCUGGCCUCCAAGCUCAAAGAGACCAUACCCCUGACGGCAGAAAAGUUGUGCAUUUAUACCGACAACUCCAUCAAGCCCGAGGAACUGCUGGAGUGGGAGCUGGUGGUGCUGGGGAAGUUGAAGUGGAACCUGGCUGCGGUCACUCCCCAUGACUUCAUCGAGCCCAUCCUGCGCAGGCUGCCCCAGGACAAUGAGAAGUUGCCUCUGAUCCGCAAGCAUGCCCAGACCUUCGUCGCUCUGUGUGCCACCGACUUUAAGUUCGCCAUGUACCCGCCAUCGAUGAUUGCGACUGGGAGUGUGGGAGCCGCCGUGUGCGGGCUGCAGCAGGACGAGGAAGUGAGCUCGCUCACCGCCGAUGCCCUGGUGGAGAUGCUGGCCAAGAUCACCAACACUGAUGUGGAUUGCCUCAAAGCCUGCCAGGAGCAGAUUGAGGAGGUGCUGAUCAGCAACCUGCAGCAGUUUCAGGAAGCGGGGGAAGGAUCCAAGGAGGAGGAGGAAGUGGUGGACCAAGCCAGCACCCCUACAGACGUGCGUGAUAUUGACCUGUGA